GGUCCGGCCCGGAUUCGACUACCGUUGCAUUCCUAAUUUUGGGUGCUCACACACAGUUAAACCUUUCGUUUUGGGGGUUUUGCCGCUGUUGCACUUGCUACCGAAGAUUGAGAAAAAAAAAAAAAAAAAAAAAAAACAGGAGAAAUCGAAAGCAAAACAAUGGUGAGAUUAACGGCGGAUUUGAUUUGGAAAAGCCCUCACUUCUUCAAUGCCGUUCGCGAGCGAGAACUAGAUCUCCGAGGUAACAAAAUUGCUGUUAUAGAGAAUGUUGGUGCUACGGAGGACCAAUUUGACACCAUUGAUUUAUCCGACAAUGAGAUUGUGAAGCUGGAAAACUUGGCAAACAUGAAUCGGUUAGGCACUUUGUUGUUGAACAACAACAGGAUUACUCGUAUCAAUCCCAACCUCGGAGAAUUUUUGCCCAAAUUGCAUACCUUGAUACUGACUAACAAUAGGUUAACUAACCUGGUCGAGAUCGAUCCUCUUGCAUCGCUCCCGAAGCUGCAGUUCCUUAGCUUGCUUGAUAACAACAUUACUAAGAAACCCAAUUACCGUCUGUAUGUCAUCCACAAGUUGAAGUCUCUGCGUGUUCUAGAUUUCCGGAAAAUCAAACAAAAGGAGCGAGUUGAAGCCAAUAAUUUAUUUGCAUCCAAAGAAGCUGAAGAAGAGGUUAAAAGGGAAUCUGCAAAAACAUUUGUACCUGGUGAGAUUCCUAGCACUGAAGAUGUUGCAGAGGAUGAACAGCCAUCUAAACCAUCUGCUCCUACACCACAGCAAAUUUUAGCUAUUAAGGCUGCUAUUGUUAAUUCACAAACUCUUGAGGAAGUGGCAAGGCUUGAACAGGCACUCAAAUCAGGCCAACUUCCAGCUGAUUUUAAUAUCAAUGACGAUGACACUACACCUGAAAGUGCUCAACCGGAUAAUAUGAUCACUGAUGAAAAAGAAGCAAACGGCGAACCUAAAGACAGUGAAUCUGAAAAAAAGAAUGACGAGUCUGCAGAAAUGGAAGAGGAAUAGGCUGACAGCAUUCCAAAUUCUUCCCCAGAUUCAAAGACAGUGGAAAAUCUAUCAGUCUGUAGUAAAAGCAUGUGUAACAUUUGUGUUCGUUCUUCAUAUUAGAUUUCAGAAAUGGUUGUGGAAGGAGAAUCUGAACUAUUAGAAACGCAUUCGAAAGGCAACUUCCGCUGCUACCGGUGAUAACAUUCUAGACAAACAGCUUAUAUUGUAUUGAAUUCUAUCUUAUUGAGUUUCUUUCUAGUUCUUGUUGAAAAGUGGCCGUAGAUUAACUUGUACUCGGAAUUUCUUUUUUGCGGUAUUAUAAUCGUGUAUUAAGGUUGCUUUGAGUUA